UCUCUGCCGAACACGCGCGUGAGGCUCAACUAAGUGUUGGCGAGCGAGCGUUAAAAUCCGAUCUCGGAACAGCAAGUGUGCUGAUGCUUUUUGUUGCUUAAAGCCAGUGACGGUGAUGGCGCGCGUCCACAUGCUGCUGGUCUUGGUGGUUCUGCCGCUGGUACUUGCCUCUGACUCACGGAAAUCAGUUUAUCGCUUCAGGAGAGGCCUUGUCGAGGGCAGCUCUCCUCCAGAGUGCGAGCCAAUCGUCGUAUCCUUGUGUCAGAAUCUCUCUUACAGGACUACGACGGUCGAAUUGCCUCAUCAUGCCUCCCAGACAGAAGCCGAAGAAGAUAUGUACAGCCGGUUUUCCCCUUUACUCGAAUCCGACUGCUCCCCAGACCUUCGCAAGUUCCUCUGUGGUAUGUACGUGCCGGAGUGCGGAGGGUCUGGCCUUGCGUCUGCGCUGCCGUGUCGAGGUCUCUGUCUUGCCGCACGGGAUCGCUGCCAGGGGACCGGGAACGCCUCGUUCUCGUGGCCUGAGACGCUUCGGUGUGACAGGUUCCCAAGGGAGGGCGAGGACAAGGAAUGCUGGAAUGGAAAUGUAAGCAACGGCUUGCAUACUAGUGCAAAUCGAGGGAUUCAGUUGGGGGAUACAACUGAAAGUCUGAGUGACAAGUGUGAACAAAUAGAUAUUACUUUAUGCCAAGGACUGUCUUACAACUUAACGAUUCUCCCAAAUCUGUUCAAUCAUACAACACAAGGGGAAGCAGCUUUAGAAAUUCACCAAUUCUCUCCUCUUGUCGAAAUACAAUGUUCUCCAGAUCUUCAGACUUUCUUAUGCAGUGUUUAUGCCCCGGUUUGUAACGCACUAGGACGGCCAAUUCCUCCAUGUCGAAGGUUGUGUGUAUCUGCAAGAAGGGGCUGCAAAACUCUGAUGAAAAGGUUUGGUUUCCAGUGGCCAGAAUCCCUGAAAUGUAACAGAUUCCCAGAAGGGACAAAUUGUUGGGAUGGCGAGACAGCAAUGCAUUCUGCUGGCCACUUAGAAGUAGAAACUUCUCUGAAUGUAGCAGACACCCAGUUUUCAGAGGAUAAAUGUGAACUAAUUACUAUACCAAUGUGCAAGAACUUGAACUAUAAUUCCACAAUCUUUCCAAACUUGCUUAAUCAUGAUUCACAAGAAGAAGCCGGUCUUGAAGUUCACCAAUUCUUUCCUCUUGUCGAAAUACAAUGUUCUCCAGAUCUUCAGACUUUCUUAUGCAGUGUUUAUGCCCCGGUUUGUAACGCACUAGGACGGCCAAUGCCUCCUUGCCAAAGACUUUGUGUUUCUGCAAGGGACGGUUGUGAAAGUCUAAUGAACCAGUAUGACUUUCAGUGGCCAGCAUCUCUAGACUGUGGCAAGUACCCGGACGGUACAGAAUGUUGGGAUGGCAAUGCACUGUCUCUUUCCAGCAGCAGUGUUGGAACAAGCCAAACACCUCCACCUAAAGAUCUGUCAAGUACAUUUCCCCCAAGGCCUAAAUGUGAGCCUCUUUCAGUACCUUUGUGUAAGAGUAUGAGUUACAACCAAACAAUUUUUCCAAACUUAUUGAGCCACAGUUCUCAAGCUGAAGCUGCUCGAGAGCUGGAACAAUUCAUUCCUCUUAUACGUAGCAAGUGUUCACCUCAUCUGGAACUCUUCCUGUGCAGCAUGUAUGCCCCUGUGUGCACAAUCCUUGAGAAACCUAUCCCACCUUGUAGAAGCCUAUGUAUGAUCUUGAGGAAUGAUUGUGCAGACAUAAUUAAAAGGCUUGGAUUGACUUGGUCAGACAUAUUUGACUGUGAAAGAUUUCCAUCAGAAAACGUAUGUGUAGGUGAUUUUGAUACAAGUGUUGAAAUUUCUACAGCAGUUCCAAAUCAUCAGGAGGAAAAUGGAGGCAUGGUAAUCAGUGAAAAAUGUGAAGCUAUAAGUAUACCUUUAUGCAAAGAUCUGCCAUAUAACAUGACGAUUGUUCCAAACCUACUCAACCACGACUCACAAGAAGAAGCCGGUCUUGAAGUUCACCAGUUCUUUCCUCUCGUCAAAGUGCAGUGUUCUCCAGAUCUCCAGAACUUCUUAUGCAGUGUUUAUGCCCCGGUUUGUAACGCACUAGGACGGCCAAUUCCUCCUUGCCAAAGACUUUGUGUUUCUGCAAGGGACGGUUGUGAAAGUCUAAUGAACAAGUUUGGCUUUCAGUGGCCAGCAUCUCUAGACUGUGGCAAGUACCCGGACGGUACAGAAUGUUGGGAUGACAAUGCACUGUCUCUUUCCAGCAGCAGUGUUGGAACAAGCCAAACACCUCCACCUAAAGAUCUGUCAAGUACAUUUCCCCCAAGGCCUAAAUGUGAGCCUCUUUCAGUACCUUUGUGUAAGAGUAUGAGUUACAACCAAACAAUUUUUCCAAACUUAUUGAGCCACAGUUCUCAAGCUGAAGCUGCUCGAGAGCUGGAACAAUUCAUUCCUCUUAUACGUAGCAAGUGUUCACCUCAUCUGGAACUCUUCCUGUGCAGCAUGUAUGCCCCUGUGUGCACAAUCCUUGAGAAACCUAUCCCACCUUGUAGAAGCCUAUGUAUGAUCUUGAGGAAUGAUUGUGCAGACAUAAUUAAAAGGCUUGGAUUGACUUGGUCAGACAUAUUUGACUGUGAAAGAUUUCCAUCAGAAAACGUAUGUGUAGGUGAUUUUGAUACAAGUGUUGAAAUUUCUACAGCAGUUCCAAAUCAUCAGGAGGAAAAUGGAGGCAUGGUAAUCAGUGAAAAAUGUGAGGCUAUAAGUAUACCUUUAUGCAAAGAUCUGCCAUAUAACAUGACGAUUGUUCCAAACCUACUCAACCACGACUCACAAGAAGAAGCCGGUCUUGAAGUUCACCAGUUCUUUCCUCUCGUCAAAGUGCAGUGUUCUCCAGAUCUCCAGAACUUCUUAUGCAGUGUUUAUGCCCCGGUUUGUAACGCACUAGGACGGCCAAUUCCUCCUUGCCAAAGACUUUGUGUUUCUGCAAGGGACGGUUGUGAAAGUCUAAUGAACCAGUAUGACUUUCAGUGGCCAGCAUCUCUAGACUGUGGCAAGUACCCGGACGGUACAGAAUGUUGGGAUGGCAAUGCACUGUCUCUUUCCAGCAGCAGUGUUGGAACAAGCCAAACACCUCCACCUAAAGAUCUGUCAAGUACAUUACCCCCAAGGCCUAAAUGUGAGCCUCUUUCAGUACCUUUGUGUAAGAGUAUGAGUUACAACCAAACAAUUUUUCCAAACUUAUUGAGCCACAGUUCUCAAGCUGAAGCUGCUCGAGAGCUGGAACAAUUCAUUCCUCUUAUACGUAGCAAGUGUUCACCUCAUCUGGAACUCUUCCUGUGCAGCAUGUAUGCCCCUGUGUGCACAAUCCUUGAGAAACCUAUCCCACCUUGUAGAAGCCUAUGUAUGAUCUUGAGGAAUGAUUGUGCAGACAUAAUUAAAAGGCUUGGAUUGACUUGGUCAGACAUAUUUGACUGUGAAAGAUUUCCAUCAGAAAACGUAUGUGUAGGUGAUUUUGAUACAAGUGUUGAAAUUUCUACAGCAGUUCCAAAUCAUCAGGAGGAAAAUGGAGGCAUGGUAAUCAGUGAAAAAUGUGAGGCUAUAAGUAUACCUUUAUGCAAAGAUCUGCCAUAUAACAUGACGAUUGUUCCAAACCUACUCAACCACGACUCACAAGAAGAAGCCGGUCUUGAAGUUCACCAGUUCUUUCCUCUCGUCAAAGUGCAGUGUUCUCCAGAUCUCCAGAACUUCUUAUGCAGUGUUUAUGCCCCGGUUUGUAACGCACUAGGACGGCCAAUUCCUCCUUGCCAAAGACUUUGUGUUUCUGCAAGGGACGGUUGUGAAAGUCUAAUGAACAAGUUUGGCUUUCAGUGGCCAGCAUCUCUAGACUGUGGCAAGUACCCGGACGGUACAGAAUGUUGGGAUGGCAAUGCACUGUCUCUUUCCAGCAGCAGUGUUGGAACAAGCCAAACACCUCCACCUAAAGAUCUGUCAAGUACAUUACCCCCAAGGCCUAAAUGUGAGCCUCUUUCAGUACCUUUGUGUAAGAGUAUGAGUUACAACCAAACAAUUUUUCCAAACUUAUUGAGCCACAGUUCUCAAGCUGAAGCUGCUCGAGAGCUGGAACAAUUCAUUCCUCUUAUACGUAGCAAGUGUUCACCUCAUCUGGAACUCUUCCUGUGCAGCAUGUAUGCCCCUGUGUGCACAAUCCUUGAGAAACCUAUCCCACCUUGUAGAAGCCUAUGUAUGAUCUUGAGGAAUGAUUGUGCAGACAUAAUUAAAAGGCUUGGAUUGACUUGGUCAGACAUAUUUGACUGUGAAAGAUUUCCAUCAGAAAACGUAUGUGUAGGUGAUUUUGAUACAAGUGUUGAAAUUUCUACAGCAGUUCCAAAUCAUCAGGAGGAAAAUGGAGGCAUGGUAAUCAGUGAAAAAUGUGAGGCUAUAAGUAUACCUUUAUGCAAAGAUCUGCCAUAUAACAUGACGAUUGUUCCAAACCUACUCAACCACGACUCACAAGAAGAAGCCGGUCUUGAAGUUCACCAGUUCUUUCCUCUCGUCAAAGUGCAGUGUUCUCCAGAUCUCCAGAACUUCUUAUGCAGUGUUUAUGCCCCGGUUUGUAACGCACUAGGACGGCCAAUUCCUCCUUGCCAAAGACUUUGUGUUUCUGCAAGGGACGGUUGUGAAAGUCUAAUGAACAAGUUUGGCUUUCAGUGGCCAGCAUCUCUAGACUGUGGCAAGUACCCGGACGGUACAGAAUGUUGGGAUGGCAAUGCACUGUCUCUUUCCAGCAGCAGUGUUGGAACAAGCCAAACACCUCCACCUAAAGAUCUGUCAAGUACAUUUCCCCCAAGGCCUAAAUGUGAGCCUCUUUCAGUACCUUUGUGUAAGAGUAUGAGUUACAACCAAACAAUUUUUCCAAACUUAUUGAGCCACAGUUCUCAAGCUGAAGCUGCUCGAGAGCUGGAACAAUUCAUUCCUCUUAUACGUAGCAAGUGUUCACCUCAUCUGGAACUCUUCCUGUGCAGCAUGUAUGCCCCUGUGUGCACAAUCCUUGAGAAACCUCUUCCUCCUUGUAGAAGCCUUUGUCUGACCAUGAGAAGGGAUUGUGAGGACCCUAUUAGAAAACUUGGGUCGUCUUGGCCAGAAGUAUUUGAAUGUGAAAGAUUUCCGUCAGGAAAUGUUUGUGUAGGUGAUAUUGAUAAAAGUGUUGAGACCUCUACAUCUCCAUCACCUUCAUCAACAGAUCAUCCAAGUACCCAGCUUCCGGGACCCAAAUGUGAGCCUCUUUCAGUGCCUUUGUGUAAGGGUGUUAGUUACAACCAGACAAUUUUUCCAAACUUAUUGAGCCACACUUCUCAAGCUCAGGCUGCUCUAGAAAUGGAACAAUUUAUUCCUCUUUUACGUAGCAAAUGUUCACCUCAUCUGGAACUCUUCCUGUGCAGUAUUUAUGCCCCGGUUUGCACGGUCCUUGAGAAACCUCUUCCUCCUUGUAGAAGCCUUUGUGUGACCUUGAGGAGGGAUUGUGCAGACACAAUUAGAAGGCUUGGAUUGACUUGGUCAGAAAUAUUUGAAUGUGAAAGAUUUCCAUCCAAAGAAAUGUGUAUAAGAAGAAAAUAGAAGCAUGUUAAUCAGUGACAAAUGUGAAGUUUUAAACAGUAACUCUUCUUGUCCUGAUCAAUUACGAUUUGCACCAACAUGAUGAUUUAGUUCACCAGUUUUUCCUUCUUGUUAAGAUGUAAUGUUCUCUAUAUUUCCAAAACUUUUUAUGAAGUGUUUAUGUCCUACCUUGUAGCCCACAAAGGCGAGUAGGGGCUGCAGAAGUCUGAUGGGUAGGUUUGGUUUCCAAUGUCCACCAUCCCUGACAAAUGUCUGGAUGGAAGGGACUGAUGGUAAGAUAAACCAUUCAGUUAAGUUGAUAAAAGUGAACCCAUUAUAUUAUUGUGCAAGGCCUUGACCGUCAGUUAUGUCUUCCCAAACCUGAUUAAUCAGUAUUCACAGGAAGAGGCUAGUUUAGUUCUCCAAAACUCCAGACACCCUUAUGCAGUGAAUACACCCCAGUUUGUAACUCAUUAGGAUGGCCAUUUCCUCACUGCUAAAUUUGUGUUUCUGCAAAAUAUAAGAUAAAUACGAGAUAGAAAUGACGUCCCAGAUCAGAUUGGAAAUCAUGGCGGUCCUUUUUCUCUUUUUGCUCUGUACACUCUAGGAAGAGGGGGGGGGGGGGGGGGUCUUGGGAAAAGAAGACUAUUUGUACACUUGGGAAAAUGAUGAAGAAAAGGGAUGACCCCGUAAUGAUGACCUUUGCAAUUUUGACUUUAUUAUGUAUCUUAGAUAUUACGACUUUCUCACAUGUUUACCUUGACUAUAUUAAUCAAAUAAAUAUUACAACCCCUU